UAGAUUUCUCAAGGACUGAGGUCAUUCAACAAGGUCAGGUUCAUGACCUUGUUCCUUCAAACACCCUGAAAAAUAGACAUCCUGUAACUAGAUGCAAAAUUUACAAAAACCAUUCAUCAAAAUCUAUAAACAAAUCCAAACUUAUGAUUUUAGCAUAAGGUAAAUCCAUACACAAAUUUUUGGCCACCACAGUCCUGAGGAGUCACUGCUACUAGGCGUUGGCUGCUCUGACCUGCUUUUGUGCAGCGAACAAAUCCGUGGCCCUCCCGGUGCCUCCAAGCCCAGAAGCUGAAAUGGGGAAACGUGUCUAAGGGCAGAGAGGUUAUGGAAGCCUUUGACCCAGCAGAUCAUGGCAUCUUUGCAACGUAGCCUGGGCUGAGCUGGGACCUCGCAAAGGACCUGUCCAGGAGAAGCCCUUCACUCAGCGAGUGUCCUGUCCACGGUCGGCGGCUCGGUCGGCCCCUCGGGGUCUUCAGGGGAGGCACCUCUCGAGAAGGCUUUCCUUGGGAACUAGGGAUCGGGAUGAGCCUCUUCCUCCUGACCAGAGGCAGGAAUGGGAGCGAAGCGCCCUUGAGAGCCUGCAGACGGUGCACAUUCCCCGUUCCGAUGGGCCCAUGUCUCCUGCCGCCGUUUCCCGCAAAGAACUACACGUGUUUUCAGCUACAUGGAUUAAAGCAAUAGCAGCCGUGGCAUUUCUAAGGGCAAGGGCAUGCGGGCUUCAUCCUGGGAAAAGUCAAGCCAGCCUCAAGGACAUCCGGGCACCGGGAUGGCAGCAGAACUGGCAGAGUUGGUCGGAAAGGGACGGGGUCUCCACUUGGAGAGCAGGACCCUUUGCGCAGACAGCGCCAUCACAAAAGAAGGUUCUGCACACCUGGGAGCAAGAGGGUGCAGCGCCUCAGCAGGCCAGCGCGGCCGGAACAGGGGCCAGAGGUUCCACUUACCAGCAUCCAACAGACCAAGCACCGCGGCCCAUGCCAGCAUCUCCGCUUGCCGGGUCAACUUGGCUAGAGGCCCCUCCCCAUCUUUCCCCUUUUUCUUCCUAAUUUAACACUAACGUCUCGCAACAAAUGAAACUGAUCCGUAGAAAACGCAACUUGAAAAAAGAGACAUUGCACAUACUUUUGUAAACCAAGAAAUCUUAAACAAACAAACAAAUAGAACUUGGCCGGAGGGUUCCAAGUGCCUCCUAUAUUGGGACCGCGCAGCAGAGACUGAGGAGGCUCUUAUCCCCGGACCAGGAUGCUGAGGUUCGGCCGGAAGUCUCUGCUCUGCUCCAGUGAUCCAGAGCUCCAGUGAACCUGUACUCCGGAGAUCCUGCCUGCUCCAGAUGUGCAUGCAUAAUGUUGCAGCUAGCAUCGUUAGUGUGAAUAACGUAGCGUGCUAUAUUGUGCAUCAGUUUCCCAACAGUAUAGUGAGAGGAUGGAAUUCAUGGAAUCUUCUGCCCCCACAAGGACCACUCAUUUAGAAAUAGGAAAUCUGUGUAUUAGUAUUAGGUAGAAGGAAUAACAAUGCUGCCCCCUUAAGAAAAGGUUUGGCCUUCCCCUCUUUUUAUACCCCAAGGCAGGUUGGGAAAUGUAGGCACAGCCACACGGGAGAAGCCUCCCUUCCUGCCUGGGUUCAGUCUCCCGCUUGCCCAAGCAGGGAGAGGGGCGAGCGAGCUCCUUCUUGCCCAGCUCCACAAGGAGCGGCAUCCAAAGCGUCCAGCCACUUUCGCUCAGAGCCCAAGAGCAGCCUCUUGGAGUGCCAGUGAAUAGUUCUACCUGUGCCUCGAUUCUCUUCAAUACACCUAUGGAGGAGAGCUUCGUGGAGGUUUGUUGAAUGCUCUCCAGAUUGAGAGAGAAGCCUCAGGGCGUCAUAGAUCCCUGACCUGCUAGCAUCCAGUCAGUGAUAUAACUUGCAGGUCUCCAUCACAGCAAUCCAUCACAGUAAGUGCAUACUGUAUAGGGAUGUGCUAAAACAAUGAUUCAUCCCAGAGUUUGUGGAAUUUUUGUCCCCUCUCCAAAUUUUAAAUUAAAGAAAAAUUAAAAAGAGAAUAGAUUCAAAAGGAAUUGUUUAGCUGUGAUUCCUGCAUGACAGGGGUUGGACUAGAUGACCCUCAGGAUACCUCUAGAAUUCUCUGAGUCUGUGAUUCUCAGUUGGCCCACUAGCAAAAGCCAGUGAGAGACUUCACACCAGUGCAGCGGAGCUUUCCCCUCAGGGUCCCCCCACUUCUGUCCUCCCCCCAUAAAACACUCUGCAGAAUCAGAAGAACUAUGCAGGAGAAAUGCUCUUGAGAGAGAAGGCAGAAUUGCUCAGCCCCUACUGUGCCAUUCUUCCAUCUGGCAAGCAGAAAUGUUUGUGCUGGCUGAACAAUCCUCAUAGCGCAAUGUUGAAUUCCACCCUUAAUUUUCAGUUCUAGCAAUUUGUUCUUUGCCAUUCCUCUUGGAUAUAUUUUUGCAGUUGCAACUCGCCCACCCCCACCCCAUUUCCCUUGUUGCACAUGGAGAGUCUUGGCCACCACACUGGGGGUUCCUUUGCACCCAUCAAGUAUUUCAGUCGCGUUGAGAGUUUUCCAACCGUCUUCAGAGGAUAUUCUUUUGCUUGCUUUUCUCAAAAGGUACUGAGCCAUUUCCACCUUCUUACUGCAACCCAGCCUCAUUUGCAAAUGGGUGGUAGUCUAGUGUAACCACUGAUUACUCUUGGGGGAGCUCUCCAGGUGCCGUGCGCAAAGCAAGGCCUGGAUGUUCAGGGCUCUAAUGCGUCUCCCUUUCCUGCUCAAUCUGCAUCUACAGUACGUCAGCCAGUUCAACUGAGGUGCAAAGCUUUUAAGAUUAUGCAACUGAAUUAUUUCAGUUUAAUUUGACUGUGGUUCAGGCUGCAAGUAACAAGAGCUGUCAGCCUUAAGUAGGUCAAUUUAUUUAUUUAAGCCAAUACAUUUUCGGCAUUUUACAACUGAUGGCUAAAACAACAAAAAUGUACCGAGUGCUACUCACACACACACACACACACCCUCAGCAUAACUAUGUACUGAACAAACAUGGAGUAAGUUUAAGUCUUAGUACCUUGGCUUACUUGUAAAGCACUCUUCAUAAAAUGUGGUAUUUUCAUAAUCAUGACUACAGAUAAGCCAUACCAAGCAUAUUACAGUUCCACUAAUAGUAGGAUUCAUCUAAAUGUGACGAAUCCCACUCAUGUCUUUUCUCUUAGAAUAAAUGUUAAUCACAAUACACCAAAUGUGGGGAUGGUGAGAAACAGUGACCUGACUAAAAAUUAUGUAACUAUCCCAGAAAUUAAAUGAGAAAUGGCUUUGUGACUCUUCCGCCAAUCUUCCUGCCACUGCCAUUUUCACAAUCCAUUGUAUUCAUCAGGGCAUUGACUGAGGAGUAAGUCUGCUGGAACUCAGUGGACCAUUCUGAGUCAAAAUAAACACUAUCAUUACCUGAUUUCUUUCAUUCCCCAGAGGGGAAAAGACAUUCUUGGGCAGGGCUUUCCAAGCCACCUGCUGCCACUGGCAAGACUCUGAGAAGAGGCAGAGCUUCUGUUUAAUACUGUUUAUUAAUUUUCAAUUAUUAAAGUCCAAUAUAAACCACAUUUUAUCAAUGUAAAAUUACAAUUCAUAUUCAAAUAUUCAGUGGUACCUCAGGUUACAUACGCUUCAGGUUACAGACUCCGCUAACCCAGAAAUAGUGCUUCAGGUUAAGAACUUUGCUUCAGGAUGAGAACAGAAAUCGUGCUCCGGCGGCGCGGCAGCAGCAGGAGGCCCCAUUAGCUAAAGUGGUGCUUCAGGUUAAGAACAGUUUCAGGUUAAGUACGGACCUCCGGAACGAACUAAGUACUUAACCUGAGGUACCACUGUAUAUCAAUUAUAAAGCCAAUUAUACAUUUUGUUACUUUCCACAUGCUAGAUUUCUAGGUGAAAUGAUUUGAUUUCAUCCUGCUUCCAAGUUUUGAUUAAUCCCAUUACAUUCAGUCUUGAUCUUAGUCCUUUAUCAACAGCUACAGAGUUUUUGACUUCCAUUCGAAAAACACAUUUAUUAAAAAGAAAUCCUGCAAGAAGAGUUCUGUAUCCCAAAUGUUUCCUGCGUGUGAUGUUUAUCUCAUCCAUGCUGUCUUCAUUCUUCCUGUUCUCCAUCUUUUUUGCAUCGCUACUUCCGCUUUUUCACUCUUUCUUUUCCUUUGUUCCCAGAAAAUGAGGCUGUAUUUUCGACUGCAUCACAUGCCAUCUUUUUUUGUUUGUUUGUUAUUGUUUGAGUCUAAAUUAAGAGUGAACUGGCAUCCCACCAAUGCUUUAACAAGACUCCAGUAUCUCCUCCUUGGUCAACUCUCUCAAUAACGAUCUGGUGUCCCGCCAAAGCCUUGGCAGAUCUUCAAAGCCCAAAGUCCGGGUCCUCCCAUAGCAAUACAGUGAAAGUUUGAUGCUUUAAAUCCAUUUCAAUUUUCUCACACAGUUCUAGUUUUUGUUGUAAUCCAUAAAUAUAAUCCCAUUCUCUUUUAUCUCUUCUUGCCUGUUAGCAGUUUAUUAGCAUUCGGGGGGGGGGGGGUGUCGCUGAAUCAUUUAUGUAGCAAAGGGUAUACGCUCCCCCCACACACACACAUAUACCGUAUUGAAGGAAGUCUUCUUUUCAAUUUGAGUCGUAACAGCUUUGUAGCUGUUUCAGUUUGGCAGUUUAUGAUCUUGUCCCAUCUAUUCCAGCAAGCGUCUAUAUAUUAGUUCUAUUUCACUCUAAUACACAGAAGUGCCUCUGCUUCAUUAAUGGCUGCGUAGGGGGCUUACUGAGAGGAGAAAUGCUUUUGUACUCGGCGUCUCCCUGCCUCCCAGAUUCCAUGCCAGAGCGAGAGCCAGGUACCGAGCAAUCUGCAAGUGAAGCUCACUCCCCCUGGGCCCUAGGGGGAGCUUGCAAGGACAAUUACCCUAAAAUCACCCUUGUUUAUCUUUGCCGACGGUCUCUGCUAUCGUGGGAGCAGCAUCCAUAAGGCAGACAGGAACCAGAAGUCAGAAGAGGCAGAACUUCCACCACAUCUGCCACCUGGACUCUCACGGCGGUGGCAGUGGAAGGAAGGAGGGCAGGCAGGAUGAACCCAAUUCCUGUGCCAACUUGACAACCCUGGCAGAGGGAUAGGCCUUGCAUCUGGCUUUGCAUUGGCCAGUGCCAGCUGGGAGAGCAGCUCAGCAUCUAGUAGAUCCCCAGCUAACUCAGACCUGUCCUCAGAGAGCUGCACUUCAGCACCUUCCACUGGGCUCCAAUGGCAGGAAUCCCAACGAGCUUUCUGCCGGUGCGCAUGUUUGGGAGGCAGAAGGCAGAGAGGUCUGUGUUGGUGGAGGGAUGCAAGUUUCGCUUUCUUAAUCACUGCCCGUUCUUGGAAGGGCUCUGCAACCAGGCCUCUCUCAAGGAAAAUGUAUUUCUGGAGCAAUUACUUUCUCUGUAAAAGUGUGCAUGUGUAUGCAGUAGAUUUCUAGUUAGCAUCUGCUCUUACCACUAUUACAUUUCCAAACUCAUUUCCAAACUACUUUUCUGUGUUCAGGAGAUAAACCCUUCAAGAACAUGAGCAACUGGGAGAAUUUAGCUCAGAUGUCCAUUUCGCUCUGCAGCUCUGCCUCUUUUCCAGAGAACAAGCUGUUGUCUGUUGGUUAGAGCUUAAUCACAACCAGCAUAUAUUUUUUUAUCUAAAACAGAAGAAUCAAGGGAUUGUGUAGUCAACAAAGUUGAGAUCAGAACUUUUCUGGGAAAUGAUUUUUUAAUGACAAAGUCUUACAAAAUAGCAGCUGAGUGGUUAACAACUGGAGACUUCCCAUGAAGGCAGGGAGAAAUUGAGGGAAAUUUUCACUAAAGGUAGAGAUUCAGUGAAGGAUAUCAUUGUAGCCAAGCCUUUAUUCAGUUCUGCCAAGUCCAGGAGACAAAGAGGAACCCUUUACUGGGAUCCCACGGCCAUUUCAUCAACAAAUUGGCAAACCAAAACAAUCUCUGGUGAUCGUGGCCAUUUCGAGCCAGGCCCAACCUUGUUUCCUCUUGCUGAUUCGUAAGUCCCAUCACACUCAAUGGGACAUUCAUGUACCAAAUGUCUACUGCUGCUCCAUAACAUAAAGUCUCUGGGAAGCUCACAGAACAAAUGCAACAAUUAAAGACAGCACAGUAUGGGGGUGGGGGUGGAAACAGGUAGAGUCCUGGACUUCUGCCGCAAUUGGUGCCAAAGAUUAGCGGGAGCGGUGAAACACGCAGGAACACAGGAAGCUGCCUUCUGCCAAGUCAGGUCAUUGGUCCACGCAGCUCAGCCCGGUUUUCCCUGACUGGCAGGGGAUCUCCAGGCCUUCAGACAUAGACCUUUCUAGCCUGAUCUGCAGAUGUGAGGACUGAGCCCGGGACCUUCUGCAUGCACGGGAGAUGCCUCCCCCCGGACCCCCCCCCCCGUGAGGUGCCGGGUGAGGAGAAGUUCCCGGGGAGGGGAGAAAAGACUAAUAGACAUAGGAAAUGUAUUUUACAGAGCCCAUUGACCAAUCAGGGAGUCCAUCCAAAGGGCAGCAGAGGCCACUGGGCUAGCGUGCUGGUGAAUGGGCAAGCUGUGCCUUAGGCAAACUGGGCUGCUGCUUUUGCAGCUGUCUUUGUUUCCUUGUAUUGUUUGUGGCUCAUGAGGAUCAGGUCGUUUGGACAGGAGUCUUUCAGCAGACACUCCUGUUUUCGUGCGGAAGAGCUCCCACCCACCCUGCCACCUCUGCCACCCAUGGAAAAGCAGCCCUGGCAGGGCAGGGCCCCCCUGCUUCAAGGGAGGGGGAGGAAUGGCUCAGGAGCUUGUGUUGCCUGGAUCCAGGACUGGGUCAGAUUGGAUAAUACAGAUGUAUUAGAAUUGGAGGGACAUGACAACAGGUUUGGAUGGCAUGCGUAUGAAUGGUACAAUAAAGGGAAAAUACAUAAAGGAUUCUAUAACCAUAUAAGCAGAAGAUCACUUUCAAAAUUAUGUGGGAGAGGUAUAAAGAUCGGUGGCUGUCACCAAUAGAAGCAACAUCUAUAGGAAAAUAGAUAAGAAGGAAAAAUGGCUUGCAUAUAGGGAUCUCUUAACGGAAACGGAAGGGAAAUGAAAGUUGAAAGAUUUUAAGGAUAUUAGAGAGCAUAUAAAUGAUUCGUUACAAUAUUUUCAAGAAAAUGAGGCAUUUAAAGAAGACAAAAAGAAAGGAUUUAGUUAUACUCUGUCUAGAUUUCAAAGAGAAAUUGUAGAUGAUAAUAUAAAACGAUGAAGAAGAUGUAUAGUCUGCUGUUAGAGUGGAAAACUAAAGAUGAAGAAGUUAGAUCUGUAAUGAUUAAGUGGGCACAAGAUAUGGGACAUAAUAUACAAAUGCAAAAGUGGGGGAAAUUAAGGAAAAUUUAUUUAAAAUUUACGGAUUGUGUAAUUUUGAAAGAGAAUUAUAUGAAAAGGAUGUAUCAGUGGUACAUGACUCCAGUUAAAUUAACCAAAAUGUACAAAACAAUUUCCAGUAUAUGCAGGAAGUGCAAAAGAGAAAGAAGGGAUGUUUUACCACAUGUGGUGGAAUUGUAGAAUAAUUAAAAGUUAUUGGGAAGAGAUUUAUAGUGAAAAGAAAAAGAUGUUUAAAAUAACAUUUAAUAAAAAAAAGAAGCUUUCUUAUUAGGCAUUACAGAACAAGAAAUACCAAAAGAAUUCAAGGAUUUAUUUAUGUAUGCCACAACAGCUGCCAGGAUCCUUUUAGCCCAAAGAUGGAAGGACAACAAGAUGCCAACAAAAGAAGACUGGCAACUUAGAUUGAUGGAAUACACAGAAAUGGUGAAAAUUACAGCUAAAUUAAGAGAUAAAGAUAAUAGAGAAUUUUAAAAAGACUGGAAUACAUUUACAUUAUAAAGUGGUACCUCAAGUUAAGAACUUAAUUCGUUCCAGAGGUCCGUUCUUAACCUGAAACUGUUCUUAACCUGAAGCACCACUUUAGCUAAUGGGGCCUCCUGCUGCUGCCGUGCCGCCGGAGCACAAUUUCUGUUCUCAUCCAGAAGCAAAGUUCUUAACCCGAGGUACUAUUUCUGGGUUAGCAGAGUCUGUAACCUGAAGCAUCUGUAACCUGAAGCGUAUGUAACCCGAGGUACCACUGUAUAUGCAGAAAUACUGUUUUUUUAAAAAAGGCUCAUUAGCAGGGUUUGAGUAAAAUAGAAUGUGAAAGAUGUAGAAGAAUGAUUUGAAAACAAAUAGGUAGAAUAUGGGAUUUUAAUGGUUUGGUAUAAAAUUUGGAAAAAAUAGAGCAUUUAGGCAAAGGAGAAUGAUAUUAAGAUAUUUUAAAAUAUGCAGAAUGAGAAAAUAUUUUUAAAAGAUCCAAAAGGGGAGGUUGAGGGAAGUCCCAGGGUGGGGGGAAAGGGGGUGCAUGUUUAUUGCUUUGUGUGAUUUAUGUUGAUAGAUUAUGUUGAUUAAAAUGUCAAACUUAAUUUUAAAAAUUAUUUUUUUUUUAAGGAGUAAUUUCCCACUUUCUGAGAGAGGGAGAAGAAAAACAUUUAAAACACUGGGGAGAGAAAGAUAGAGAAAACCACUUUUUUAAUACAUGAAAAUAAAAACUUUGUUUAGCACUUAAAGGGAGAAGAAAAAGACUUUGGGCUUGUCCACUUUCCACUUGACCCGUGCCUAGAAAGAACAAGUCCCAGUGGUUUCCCAUUUGCCACACUGCUUUCCCCAGGAAAACCCGCUCUUUAGCAUGGAAUCGGAGCAAACGACAAUGCGCAGAAAAUCUGAUUGUUGUUUGCUCCAAUUCAGCAGGAAAUAGCAGGUUUUCCCAGGGGGAAGCAGUGCCACAAGUGAAGUCUGGGUGAGCCCUUUGUGGGGAGGUAAAUGUAUAGCAAAGCAAGUUGUUGUUUUUUAAAGCUGUAUUUCAUGAGUCAUGGGAAUAUGGGACAAGAAUUCGCUGAAAUAUAUUUAAUUGAAGUAAGAAAACAGGAAUACUAGCAGCCCUACUUGUCAGCAGGGAACCUAGAAAGAGAACCUAAGAGACCAUUCUUAGCAAAAGAACAUUAGCAGGUUUCCAGGAGAAAAAAAAUCCAUCACCCAGGCCUGGACUCUCUACUCUGGAAGAGCGCCCGGACAGUGCUAAGUUCAAAAUAUGGCUUUUGAAAUGUGCUCUAAUGCGGCUGCCAUUUGAUUCCAGGAAAUUUCACAAAAUCUGGAUGCCCCGUAGACACGAAGAAACAAAUAAUCCUAAAUAUCUUUUAGCGUCAUCUUCUACAAUUUAAUUUCCAUUUUUCCUUCAUGGUCAUCGAUCCAUGGCAACUCAUCUCCUGGUUGGACCCUGGGUUCUUCUCCCUGCCACACUGGAGCUGAGAGGCAGGUCAGUCACAGAUUUUAUCUCCAGUUUAGAAAUCGGCAGAGGCAGCAAGCAAGGACAGCCGUUUACAUGAACCAGUCUACUUUAAGAUAAUACUCUUCCGGUAGUUAUUAAGGUCUUGGACUGAGGUGCUUACGUUUUCUUCGUGUCCUUGGAAGGGAGGAAGAGGAGUACUAAAAGAUGGCCAGCUCCACCUACCACUGGCUGUCCUGCUCUCUGCCCUCAGUUCUUCCCGUCCAGAUGGACACCAGUCAUCACUGCUGAGUGACAUUUUAGUUGCAUAGGCUUUUAACUACAAAAGUAAGAUGGCCAAAGGCCUGUUUGACUCCGCAGUCACCAGAUGCUGUGGAGGCUGCAUACGAAAAAGCGUCAGCAGGAGCAGAGACAAAAAUGCAUGGGUAGUUCGUGAUCUAAGGGCACAAAGACAGAGAGGCAUAGCUGUCUAGACCUACAGGAAGAGUACUAGCAGAACAGAUUAUAGAAAUAGUUAACUUAAAGUUUAGAAAGGGCUGAGCAUCUAUCUGAAGGACUGAGGGAAAAUGUCAGCCCCUUGACACACACUUCACAUGCCAAGGACCCAGUGUUAAAUGGCUUUGUUUUUGUUUUGUACAAUUUUAUUUGUGUGCAGCAGAAGAGUUAACUAGCAGCACUGUAGGUUCGGGAAGAAGGAAAGGAAGCCUUAUUAACUCCUUGGAAUUCUUGUCAGGCUAUUAAUGCCUGGUAGACAUAAGAAACGCAGAAAACAUUUUAUCACCUUUACUAUAUCUAAGGCCACUGAGCAGUUUCACAUCAGGGAUCCAUGUGUGCAAACCAGCCAACAACUUCCAGCAGAAAUGACUUGAACCGGUUAUAAAAGCAAGGAGCCUAGUUCAUGUUUACAGGAUCAGGCCCGCUCCGAUCCUGCUGAAAGCUUGGGCUGUUACUUCUGGGAAUGCUUGGGCCACCGAGGAAGAUUUUGGUUGUGUUCAGACCCUAAGGCCAGAUGAACAGGAUGAAACAGCUGUUUUCUCAGUUGCAGCAACUUCAUACCCUUCAAGGGCCUCGAUUUUCCAGGGACCAUCCUGGAAUUACAAAACCCGGCUCCUGAUUUGAUCCCAGAAUGUCCCUAUUCCCCCCCCCCUCCAGUGCUGCUGCUGCUGAGCUGGGGGAGGAGGAGGGCCGGCGCUUGUCCUGAGUGACGGGGGCUGCAAGGGAGCACCCCAUGGCCUCUCCACCCUUGGGCAGCUUGUAGUGGCUGCUGGAGAGCAGGUGAGGAAGAGGAGGAGAGGAUGCCGCCACCAGCAGAGGGGCCCAGCCCCACACAAUGCCCUGGCUCUGAGGGGCAGGCAGAGGGCAGGGCCACCCUGGGUGGCAAAGCGUCUUGAUUUUUUUUAAAAAAAAAUGUUUAGUUCAUCCAUGUCUAGCCUUGCUCCCUUGUAAAAUUUAGGUUUUGUGUGUGCUUUUCUUGUUGUAAAUCUAGCAAAGAAUAAAACAAAACAAAAUCAAGAUUAAGGGGUUUUCUCAGGGUGCUGGAGGUGCGCUGUGCCCUGUUGGCUUAGGGGUGACAGCACUCGCCUUACUUCGGACAGGAAAUGCUCUGGAGGGGAGCAAAAAUGGGAAGGAGGGAGAAAUGUCCCUAUUUUCAUCUAAGGAAUGUUGGAAGGUCUGCAGUUUUGGGGAAUCUGUACAAAAAUCAUUUAUGUUCUAGUGCAUUUACCUGAAACAGAAGAUUGAUGUUUUUUUAAAAAAAAUUGAAGCAAGUAAAUUCAUCCUGGUGUGGUUUUUUUAAGCCACUCUUGCUCCCAUUGUAUUCCUGCAAUGCAACUGUGAAAAAAACUAUUUUUGGUGGGAAAGGGGGAAUAUAAUACUGUAUAUGAAAUAUUUAUGCAUAACUGCUAAUAAGAAAACUACAGUUUAGUAUCAGUAAGGCACUGCACAGCAGUGUGUGUGUGUGUGUGUGUGUGUGUGUGUGCACGCGCGCACUCUCACAAACACUCACAAAACCUUUCAACCUUUGAGGUUUUUAACAGUUUACUCACCACUGACAACUUCUGCAAUAACAAGCCCCCAUGGGAAAAAUAUUGGAUGGGGGGAAAGGAUGGGGGAACUUGUAUUGGGAGAAGGAUUUUAUCCCUGAGAUAACAGUUUUUUAAAAAAUUGCUGCCACUAAAGCAAGAUUUGAAACAGCCUUAAAUAACAAGACAGAAUAUUGAGCAUCCAAGCACCAAGAUAGUUUCAUAGUGUGAGAAUACUCAGUUCUGAAGGUUUGGUUUUUUUGUACAUGGGUUAAUUCCACAAUUUCCCAAUGUUGCAAACCUUAUCAUGACUUACUGCUUCGGUUCCCUCUUCACCAACACUGUAUUUUAAUCACCUCUAGGCAGAGUCAUAGCCAGGUGAUCUUGCGCCCCUGGCAGAACCAUCCAAAUUGCACCCCCAGCCAUGGACAAAUUAGCUCUUCUUCCCUCCUCUCUUCCAACCCGACCCCCCCCCCCAUUCAAUUCACCCUCUAUUUAAAACCAUUUCUUAUGAGGCAAUAAUCAAUAUUUAUAUUUAUGGACAUAUUUUUCAGACGAUUUUGUGCCCCCCAAUUGCCUGUGCCUCUGGCGGAGACCCACCUCGCCAACCCCUAGCUACAGCCCUGCCUCUAGUAGGAUCCUGAUUGUUAAAACAAUAUACAAGCAAAUCUCAUCCUUGCCAGGUAUGUGGUAAAAAAAAUCCAUGAUAUAGAUGCUUUCAAAUCAAUAUAAAGUGAGUUUUUUGUCUGGUAUGUCCCCUCUGCUCCAAAAAAACCAGCAACAGCAAUAGAUGUCUGUGAGCAAAACCCUGAUUGCAAUUUGCCUGGGGAAAAUGGAGGCAAAGCUUAAGGUUAGCUUGCCUUGGGAACUCUUGAGUUUCCCCUCUUCCCUGAGUAGCAACAGGUUUAGAGGAUGCUGUGACUGCUGGACCAGGUGGUAGCAGUGGCCAGCUGUUAGUAGUAACGGUUUAGGCUCCUGGUCCCUGGGAUAUCUGGCUGCCCAUUCAUCCAAAUCUCUCGUAUGAUGCGCUCCCUUUCUUCCAGCCUUUGAGCUCGCUCUAGCUCCUCAGCCGAGGUGAAAACGUUCAUAUUCAGCGUUCUUUCAAACCUGCGGUGCCGUCGAGCAGACAGGUCAGACGCAGUGUCUGAGUCAUCGUCGCUGUCACUGCCAUCGGUGUCACUGUCCCGCGAUGGCUUUUUGGUUUGCAAUGGUUUGCAAUCAGUUUGACAGGAGAUUCGGAGUACUAAAACCAGCAAGGUCAGGAGAAGGCCUGCACAAAUGCCAGACACAAAAUACAAAGCAGCUCGCUCAGGAUUUUCUGAAAUGUAGAAGAGGAAAUGUUUUUUAAAGGGUGCAGAGGAAUAAAAUGAUAUGCC